AUGGCGAAGGACAGUUCAACACCACCGGACCAGAAGCCUCCCAGCGAGUAUACACCGCAGGCAUGUUUAACAAUUUUGGGUUCAUUCACCGGUCUAUUCUGCACCGUGGGAUUCAUGAACUCGUUCGGGGUCUUUCAAGAAUACUAUGGGAAAAAUCAACUCGCCGACAAGUCCGAAUCAACGAUUGCAUGGCUAGGCGCGAUCAGCAUCUUUUGCAUUUUCUUCAUCUCAGUAUUCUCUGGCCAGUUGCUUGAUAUGUUUAAACCUACUUUGAUGCUCUGUGUGGGCUCGCUAGGCACCGUGUUCUCACUCAUGAUGGUGUCGCUCUGCAAGGAGUUUUACCAGUUCAUACUCGCACAAGGGAUCCUUCUCGGAAUUUCGCUCGCUUUGCUAGCAUGUCCAAUGCUCGCCCUCGUUGGGCAACAUAUCAAGGUGAAGCGUGGUGCAGCGCUGGGUAUAGUGCUCGGCGGCUCGUCUCUCGGAGGCGUGAUAUGGCCUAUUGCCAUCAACGAACUUCUUCAGAAACCAAACAUAGGAUUUGGAUGGACGAUGCGGAUUGUUGCAUUUAUAAUGAUUCCCUUAUUAUCUGUCUCCUGCAUCUGCUGUCGGCCACCCAAAAUAAGCCCUACUCCUACCCAACGACCCGCGUCUAAUGAUGAAGAGGCCACGAUAACCAAGGCCAAACCGCCUGUCCCUAAAGCGGACUUUUCCAUUCUCAAAAAGCCCAGUCUCCAGUUAUCCUGCCUCGCAUUUUUCAUCAUCUAUUUCGGAAUGUUUUCUCCGUUUUUCUUCACAACCUCCUACGCAGUUGCGAAAGGGUUUUCCACCGACCUGGCGUUUUAUACCAUCUCGAUCGUGAAUGGUGCUUCGUUUUUGGUCGUGUUCUUCCUGGUAUUGUCGCAGACCGCGACCUCCGUGGCUGGCCUGGUCAUGUUUUCUCUCGCAUAUGGGUUUGCGUCAGGAGCUAUCCUUUCCCUCCAGCAAGCCUGCGCAGCGCAAGUCGCCACACCACAAACAAUCGGUUUAACUAUGGGAACCGUCAUGGCAGCCACAUCUUUCUCAGCCUUGGCCGGAGUCCCUAUUAGCGGUGAACUGGCGGGUAAAUAUGGAUAUCUGGCACUGUCUAUCUACUCAGGUGUGAGUCUCUUGGUAGGGAGCGUUCUAUUGGCGGCGGCGCGAUUCGUACAGAGUAGGGAUUUGCUGGCUAUUGUGUAG